AUGUACUCUGAAAUAACUGCAUCACCUCAAAGGAUAAGAGAGCAUUUACAGGCGCUCAAUACUGAGAGGAACUUCUCCAGGCUGUGUUGUCAAACGUACAGAACCUUAGUUGUAGACAUCAAUUCUAAGGAUGAACAUGCAAAAGAGAUGGUAAAAAUUGAGUGUAAUGCUACUGAUCACCAGUCUGUCCAGUUGAACAGGGAUUCCCAUAGACAGAAAACGCUAAGUAUAACUGUGAAAGAACUUGCUGAUGUGGGAACCGUUACCUGUCACACCUCAACUGGGAUCGUUGACUCUAAAGAUAUUCUACUAAAUUCGCUUAACCUACCAGUGUUCAAAAGAAUAUUUUCACAUAAGAAAGAACCAGUACAAUGCAAGGUCAAAAACUAUAGUGGCCAGUUCAGUUGCUCAUGGAAUUCAGCAGACAACAGUCCCGAAUUUAUCUUUGAAGCACACAGAGGCAACUACAGCCUAAUGUGUCAGGAGCCAGUGAGAGAGAAUUCUGAUUAUACGGUAGAGUGUCAUGACACGCAAUCAUGUCACUAUGCAGAAGAGGAACAAAACAUCACUGUCAUCCUGCAUGCCAUUCGACACAAGAGAUACGAGAAUCACACAUUAUCCUUCGCAUUGAGAGAAAUCAUUAAGCCUGACCCACCACAAGAUCUGCUACUUAAUAAAACCAAGAACCAUAAACAUUUUUCCAUACAUUGGAAGUACCCAAAAACCUGGUGCAAUGUCCACACAUUUUUCCCGCUCAUCUUUAACAUCAAAAUAACAAAGGACAACGAUCUGAUAGAGCAUCAUGAGAACGUAGAAGGGACAGAUCUUAUUCCGCAUCAGAAAGAUGUCUCAGAAAUCUCAGGUUUCUGCAUCCAAGCAAGAGACAUGUACUUUAAUUCGUCCUGGAGUGACUGGUCAUGUUACAAGUAG